CCGGCAGCCCCCAGCAUGGUCCAGGCCCGUGGCGGGCGCUCCGGAGCACAGCUGUGGGCCUGGUCUCGGGGGGUCGCCAUGACCCAGCCACCGCCCGCCAAAGCGCCCGCCAAGAAGCACGUGCGGCUGCAGGAGAGGCGGGGCUCCAGUGUAGCCCUGGUGCUGGACGUGCGGUCCCUGGGGGCCGUGGAGCCCAUCUGCGCGGUGAGCACGCCCCGCGAGGUCACCCUGCACUUCCUGCGCACCGCCGGGCACCCCCUCACCCGCUGGGCCCUGCAGCACCAGCCCCCCAGCCCCCAGCAGCUGGAGGAGGAGUUCUUGAAGAUCCCCCCAAACUUUGUCAGCCCUGAGGACCUGGAUAUCCCGGGCCACGCCUGCAAGGACCGGUACAAGACCAUCCUGCCAAAUCCCCAGAGCCGGGUGUGCCUUGGCCAGGCCCGGAGCCGAGAGGACGGAGGCUACAUCAACGCCAACUACAUCCGCGGCCACAACGGGCAGGAGAAGGCCUACAUCGCCACCCAGGGCCCGAUGCCCAACACGGUGCCGGACUUCUGGGAGAUGGUGUGGCAGGAGGGCGUGUCACUGAUCGUCAUGCUCACUCAGCUCCGCGAGGGCAAGGAGAAAUGUGUCCACUACUGGCCCACAGACGAGGGCACUUACGGGCCUUUCCGGCUCCGCGUCCAGGAGGAGAGAGAGCUCCCGGAAUACACCGUGCGGCGGCUCACCAUCCAGCACCAGGAGGAGCGCCGGUCCCUGAGGCACAUCCUCUUCUCAGCCUGGCCUGACCACCAGACCCCAGAGUCGGCCGGGCCGCUGCUGCGCCUGGUGGCCGAGGUCGGGGACAGUCCGGAGACGGCGGCCGGCGCGGGGCCCAUCCUGGUCCACUGCAGUGCAGGGAUCGGGCGGACCGGCUGCUUCAUCGCCACCCGGAUAGGCUGCCAACAGCUGAAGGCCCGAGGGGAAGUGGACAUCCUGGGCAUCGUGUGCCAACUGCGGCUGGACAGGGGGGGCAUGAUCCAGACGGCUGAGCAGUACCAGUUCCUGCACCACACCUUGGCCCUGUAUGCCGCCCAGCUGCCGGGGGAGCCCAGCCCCUGA